ACCAUGUAAGGUACUUGGACUAAGGAGUAACGUUAGGCUCCUUUAGUCCAAUAUUGGGCAAUGUAGGCCUAUGCUACUAGUAACAUUUAGGCUAGUUGCAUAGAAAAAGUCAUUUCAAAUUUAGACUAGGAUACUUCUUCACUCCCCGAGGUCAGUGUUGUGAGCAAAACUAGCUAGUCGAAUGAUUAUAUCCUCGCCACGAAAAAUGGGCUGACUUUAGGACUGCGGAAAGAAAUGGCUCUGCUGUUGCCCUAGCCAUCACCUAUUGCGGAUCCUAUCCCUCGAGCGACUUGGCCAAUCAGUGCGUAUCAGCGACACAUGAACGGUGAUUUCCACGGAAUGGCUCGCGGAACAAAGAAGCCGCCCGUCGCGAAUUCCCUUAUCGGUAGAUAGAGAGAAUUCGCCGAUAAAACAGCACAGAAGAGUAAAGUUAGUACGGCUUGGUGAAAUAAAAUGAUUAUAUUCGACGCAUAAUAGAAAAAAAAGUCCAACGUUUUUUUAUGCUCAAGGAGAGAACUUGGCGUCGUGAGGGCUUUUUGUCGGUCGCGAGGCGAGGCUUUUGGCUACAUUGGAACGAAGUAGGCAGGCCACAGUAAGGUGAUUGACCUGUGACCUUUGGACUUGGUGAUUUGGUUGUUCGCUGCAGACUCCAGAUCUCAGAUGAAUUAACAGUUGCGAGUUUCCUCUGACAGUGGACUGAGUGUCUCUGUGAGCGUCUCUCAACCUGGGACGACUGCUCUUCUGGCUACUCCUCUGACAGUGGACUGAGUGUCUCUGUGAGCGUCUCUCAACCUGGGACGACUGCUCUUCUGGCUACAGCGUCCAUGAGGUAACGGCGGGAAGCCCCAUACUACCCUCGCUCCAUCCCCCUCUCCCUCCAUCCCCCUCUGCAGCGAUGGGUCAGAAGAUCUCAGGCAGCAUCAAGUCAGUGGACGCACGGGGUGAGCCUUCAUACCGGCCGGUCCGCCGUGAGCUGCGGGGUCCAGACUUCUGCCGGCCUCCUCGUUUGGACCUGCUUCUGGACAUGCCCCCUGCGACCUCUGACCUGCAGCUCCAUCACGCCUGGAACCCCGAAGACCGCUCGCUUAAUGUCUUUGUCAAGGAGGACGACAAGCUGACCUUCCACCGCCACCCGGUGGCCCAGAGCACCGACUGCAUCCGCGGCCAGGUGGGCUACACACGGGGGCUCCAUGUCUGGCGGAUCCACUGGCCGGUGAGACAACGAGGAACACACGCUGUCGUAGGGGUGGGCACGGCUGACGCUCUUCUACACUCUGUGGGUUACACGGCCCUGGUGGGUUCGGACUGUGAGUCGUGGGGUUGGGACUUGGGCCGGAACAGACUCUACCAUGACAGUAAGAACCGUCCGGCCUCCACCUCGGCACCAACAUACCCGUGUUUCCUGGAGGCAGACGAGUCGUUUGUUCUGCCAGAUGCCCUGCUGGUGGUGCUGGACAUGGACGAGGGCUCACUCAGCUUCAUGGUGGACGGCCAGUACCUGGGCGUGGCCUUCAGAGGGUUAAAGGGCAAGAGGCUGUACCCCAUCGUCAGCGCCGUGUGGGGACACUGUGAGGUCUCCAUCCGCUACGUCAAUGGACUGGAUCCGGAGCCCCUCCCCCUGAUGGACCUGUGCAGGCGAGUGGCCAGGCUGGCUCUGGGGCGGGACCGACUCAACCAGAUAGACACCCUCCCUCUGCCAGAGACCCUCAAGAACUACCUCCAGUACCAGUGACCCCACACACUCACCAGGACAACGAACGACUGACUGCUUGACGGCAGCUACAUUUCACUACAGUCAACUCCCAAAAAUGUAACCCUGACCCAUUGGACAUCUACUCAGGAUAAUUAUGAUGGUCUGGAGGAAGCCUAUGAAGGAGUUCCGAGUUUCUUUUUAGGAUUUGUCUGUUUUUUUUUUUUUUUUUUUUUUUAUUUGCUCACUGCUGUGAUGGUUGAUGGACAGAGGGAGGAUUAACGAAAGGAGGGGGUGGGCUUGAGACUGGACUGUAGCAGAAGUGUUGGGCUAUGAUGCUGACUUCUCAUUGGGUAUAUGGGUCUGUAGUUCUUCUAGAAUAUGUGCCUGGAGGAACAGGGCGUUUGGGGAUGAUGCAUAUAGACAUCAUACAUAGUUACUGUACAUCUAUACAGAUUCUCUGGAAGGCUCUCGGAACAUCUAGAGAUUUAUAUUUAGACCCUAUAGCAGGCUCCACUGAGACUCACCAGCCCCUAGCCACAGGGAGUUAGAUAUUUAUAUUUAGACCCUAUAGCAGGCUCCACUGAGACUCACCAGCCCCUAGCCACAGGGAGUUAGAUAUUUAUAUUUAGACCCUAUAGCAGGCUCCACUGAGACUCACCAGCCCCUAGCCACAGGGAGUUAGAGG